UUUCCUGUGUUUUCCAAACGGGUGUGCUAAAGUACCGCAAAAGAGAAACUAAAAAUGAUGAACGGAGAGAUGAACGGUUUCCACAGCUCUCUUAUUGAGGAGGACUGCUUCUUGUUUACAUCGGAGUCCGUUGGAGAGGGGCAUCCAGAUAAAAUAUGUGACCAGAUAAGUGAUGCCGUGUUGGACGCUCACCUGAAGCAAGACCCAGAUGCAAAAGUGGCUUGCGAAACUGUAGCCAAGACUGGAAUGAUUUUGCUGGCAGGAGAGGUGACGUCUCGUGCUGUUGUUGAUUAUCAAAAGGUGGUCCGUGACACCAUUAAACACAUCGGCUAUGACGACUCAUCCAAGGGCUUUGAUUAUAAGACCUGUAAUGUCCUGGUGGCUCUGGAGCAGCAGUCUCCAGACAUCGCCCAGGGUGUUCAUUUGGACCGCAAUGAAGAGGAUGUUGGGGCCGGAGACCAGGGUCUAAUGUUCGGUUAUGCCACUGAUGAGACAGAGGAAUGCAUGCCACUCACUAUAGUGCUCGCACACAAACUUAAUGCCAAGAUGGCUGAACUGCGGCGUAACGGCACCCUGCCCUGGCUCCGGCCGGACUCCAAGACUCAGGUUACUGUGCAGUACCGACAGGAGCGUGGCGCCAUGCUGCCGGUGCGCGUCCACACUAUUGUCAUCUCUGUGCAGCACGAUGAAGACAUCUGCCUUGAUGAGAUGCGUGAUGCUCUUAAAGAUAAAGUCAUCAAAUCUGUGGUGCCCUCUGUUUAUCUGGAUGACGAUACCAUUUAUCACUUGCAGCCCAGUGGUCGCUUUGUCAUCGGAGGCCCUCAGGGUGAUGCUGGCCUGACUGGUCGUAAGAUUAUUGUCGAUACCUAUGGAGGCUGGGGAGCCCAUGGAGGAGGUGCUUUCUCUGGAAAGGACUACACCAAAGUGGACCGCUCUGCGGCGUACGCUGCCCGCUGGGUGGCCAAAUCUCUAGUGAAGGCUAAACUGUGCAAGCGUGUUCUUGUGCAGGUUUCUUAUGCCAUUGGAGUGGCCCAUCCUCUUUCCAUUUCCAUCUUCCACUAUGGCACAUCCCAGAAGAGUGAGCAGGAGCUGCUUAAAAUUGUCAAGAAAAACUUUGACCUUCGUCCAGGAGUCAUUGUGAGGGAGCUGGAGCUGAAGAAGCCAAUAUAUCAGAAGACUGCUGCUUACGGCCACUUUGGCCGUGAAUCUUUCUCUUGGGAAGUGCCCAAAAAGCUGCACUACUAAACCGUUUGUCAAGGUUUUUCCUCUCUAGGCCUGUUGGCGUAUUCUACAGAGAAGCCCACAUGGCUUACGGGGAGAAGUCUGGUUAUUCUGGUACAAGUCCUACUGGUUAAAUCUUUUUCCUUUGUGAUUUUGCAUCACAUAUUUCAUUCUUAGUCUUUGAGUUUCAAAGGUGAUUAUGAUUAAUCAGCAUUAGGAUAAAGGAAGUAUACUACACAGAUUAACACAUUAAUUUCAAUCCUAAAAAUUGUAAACUGGUUGGCCAGUAUUAAUUACGGAUUUAAUUUUGUGCAGAAUAACCAAGCCCUUCACCAAUGAAUCAUAAGCAUUCCCAACUGUUUUAACCUUGUGUAUUUAUUCGUGCUGUCCUCUAUGCACAUGUAUUGAAAUCUGUAAUCUGGAGGUCAACUCUUAUGCUGUAUGUUGCUGUAAUUUCUCUCUAGCGCUCUGUGGUUCCCAAGUGUCAUACAGAAAAACUUUGGGGACCCGGCCACAAGGAAAGUGACUGCUGCAGUGCCAUUUAUUUUGGCCAACUCUAAUGCUGAUGCUUAUUGUCUUUCUUCUUUCACAGUCUUUCCUUAAACAGAGGGAUAGCAAUUUUGGCUGGUGUUGUACAGAGAAACUAGCCUUGUUUACAUGCAUUCUCUCUGUCUAUCUCUCUUUCUCGCUCUCUCUCUCUGUUUCUUUACCUUCCUCCAGUUUUAA